GCUUCAAAAAAAAAUCUUCACGUUUGUGAAAUUCUUUUUGUGGGAGAUCUAGAUUUACACAAGUAUCCACUUCCGUUGAUGUCAUUGCUGAAAAUUCGUCCAGAUACUGUUCGCUCGUGGUUGUUCGUCGAAAGUUCCGCACACCCCACACGCCUUUACUUGUUGCUGCUCCACGGUGAUUCCAUGCGCGGUUCUAUCGAUCCUGGUGUUUCCUAUAUAAGAGGCCGCGUCAUCGGUAGUCGUGAAACAGCAGGUCGUCCAAUAUUCUAUGUAAUCCGUGGAGAAUUGUCACGGUGGAAGCAGUGGUACAAGGGUGAACGCGCAAACCAAAUAAAACACUGGCUUGUGCCACGCGAAUGACUAACUAAAAAUCAAGUAAAAUGCUGCCUCAAGAAUGGCUAUUAGUGUCUCUACUCAUGGGGUCGGCGACGGCGCUGGCACCCAUGCCCCAUCAUUCGAUGGAGGAAUCUUUGAGGAGUGCUUUGGAUGCCAUUACCAGAAAACAACGAUCUCUGGAUACGAAUUCGCAAGACUACUACAAUGAUCUACGCUCGUUUAAGUAUCAUGGUGGAGAGGGAGAAAGGAAGCUUGACAGAGAACGUCAGGGUGAAAGGGAAAUAGAAGAGGAGGACGAAGAAAUAGAAUUUUUGCCUAAUGAAACUGGACAACUAGAAACUGUAGGAAAUGGUUUCCAAGAUUUGAAUAAUAAAUUACUGGAAAGAGCAUUGAUCGAUUAUCUAGAGAAUGUACCCCAACAGCAGGAACAACCGGUCACAUCGUUAUUUCGAGAACGUGAACGAGGUUCCAAUCGUAAAAGGGGCUAUGGUUCUGAACGAUCGAAUAUUGACAAUAAGGAGUUGGCGAAAUUGUUUCUAGAAGAACUGCAGGAUGGCUCUCCGUAUAAUCUUGGAGAUACGGAUGACGAAGGGUACAUGGAUUCUCGUCAGAUGCUCUAUGAUCGAUACAGGGGCGAUCGAGGCAACAAAAUAUACGAGAAUUCAGGUCCAAUGUCCUGGGGUGCAUUGUUGAAUAAAGAGUCUAUGGCCCGAGGUCAGAGUCGAGAAUCCGAGGAAAACGAUUUCAGCGAUCGGGAACAAGACCCAAAUUUAUUGUACCUCUCAAUGGGCGAACGAAGAAACAUGAAUGGUGGGUAUUCCAUAGGACGACCCCUGAGGACCUACAGAAAUAUGGCUAAACGGUUUCUAGUUGCCAAGAGGAGCCCAAAACCUGCAUCUACAUCUACCAAAAAGCAGAUUACCGAUCCCAAGGUCGCUCAAGAUCUGGGAGCGCUGUUUGGCACUCAAUCCGUGGAUAAUCAAAAUCAUACUCACAAUUUCAAGCAUGAUCACAGCCACGAUCACGACCAUGAUCAUGACCAUAAUCACGAUCACGAUCACGAUCAUGAACAUGGGGAUCAGCAUAAACACGAGAGUUCUUCGGAAGCGCCAAAGGUGACCCCUUCGCCAAAAGGGCAAAAGGAGAAUGUGACAAAGUUAGGCAAGUCGAAAUCUAUCGAGGUGAGAAAGAAGAGCGUCGAUUGGUCUCAAUAUUUUGGUAUUGAUAGAAGAAAGAAGAAAGCUACGUUCAUGGUUGGCCAAGGGACUCCGAAUCAAGACGAUGAAUGGAUGUUACAGCGAUACUAUGAAAAUAUGGUAGAGAAUCUGAAGGCAAACGACCGAGAAUACGAAAAGGAAGCUGACGAAAGAAAAGACAAGUUGGAUCAACUAGAUCCCAGACAGAAAACCAUUAAGGACUUGAUUAUCGAGGAAGCUUUGAAAUACAGAGAUUCUGAAAAUGGUAUAGAUAUGCAAAAGGUAAAGGAUAAGAUAAUGGCACGAAUUGCAUCUGCCUAUUCCUUCGAAAAAAUGAGAAAAGUACUAAACGAACUCAGGAACAAUGUGGCGACUAGGAUAGAGGCUCAAAAGGCAACUCAUGUACAGGGUAAUCAAACCUCGAACUUCCGAGAGAAUAGUAGCAACUCUAAAUCCAAGGAUAAACGCAUCAACAAUUUAAUAGAAACUGAAGCCAUGGAAGAAAAUAGAGCCUGUCCAGAGCUAGAACUGAUCGAGAGACGAUGCAGAACAGUAGACACUUUAGGUGGAGACGAAUCACAGAUACUCUAUCUUCCUUGCGUCAUGCUUCAAAUCUGCAGGGCCUGCAUACAGAACGACCUAGAGGAAGAAUGUUUAGGUAACUAUGCAGUGGAAGCGGGAAAAAUCUGCGACGCUCAGGAAAUAAGAGAAGGACCAAAGAGCAGAGAAGCGUGCGCCAGCACAGCUUUGAUAUUGUCGCAAUUACAGACUCCGACUGCAAUCUCCGAUCAAUGUCGCCUCGAUGGAAACGACUCUUGUUUACGACGUUAUCAUUACCAAUACUGGCAUCGUUACCUUACUUACCCCUACAACGGGCGACGAUUGAACAGCGCCUACGAUAUGACCAGCUCUCAACAAUCGGACCGAUAAAAAAACAAAGGAUUAAAAUUAAGUGAGACGAUGUCGAGAAACGGGUGUGGCUUUUCAACAAAUCAGUGACCUCGAACCGAGCUUCAUUUCUAUAGUCAACUUUCAGCAUUUCGUUUAUUUGGUUUGCAACCGAGAGAAAAAGAAAAACGUUGAGGUCAAGGAAUAGAGGUUAGGUUGUUCGAAACAAUAUAUCAUCCAAGAAUGCGAUAAGAGUCAUGUUACUUUUAUUGAGCGGGUGGGUUCAUUUAAGACGAAAGAGACAAAGAAUCAAAGAAUCGAAUAACUUUUAAAGUCGAUUCGAGAACAUGUCGAUGAAGAUGGUUGAAGUGGCUUCGAGUUUUGCGUACAUGAUUGUGUACAACAGAUUGAUUCUAUUACAUGCGGAUAUCGUUUAAUAUAAUAAAAUGGAAAAGGAACGACUGAAUUUUGAACUAUUUGCGAGGUGUAUUUCUUUUUUUUUCUAGUAAUAAAUGUAACGACAAGCUAUGAGGGACAAUAAUUAUCAAACGAAAUUUUUGUCAUUAUUUCCCAAGAAUGGACGAACUUCAAAAUUUCUUAUCUCGCUAAUAAUAUAAAGCCAUUUGAACUUUAAAAAAAGUAAAAAUUUUGAACGAACGCCUCGCAGAAGAAAUUAUCAGUUAUAUAAUAAAAUACAUUAAAACAGUCGUUGAACAUCAGAGAGCAUAACAUACGAUGACGUUUAAUUUUUUACACUAGAUGAUUUUCAGCAACUUUCUCGCAAUCACGUAAUAAAAAGUUCAUUUUUCUUA